UAUUUAUAAUGAUCAGAAUUCGCAGGUGUAGUAGUGCCUAAUCUAUGGAAUUAAGUGGUGAUUCGCAUUUAUACGUUAAUACAGUUUUUUAUAAAUUAUUCAUGUUAAAAAGUGCACUUGAAAUUUUACAAUAUGGAUAGACAUAGUUUAAACAUAAUUAACAUUGUACAUCAAUAAAGUAACUGACGAAUGAUUUUAGCAAUUAGUAAAAGUAGUAUAGUGAAUAUAUAGAAUUAUUAGUCAAAUGACUUUGUUUACAUUCGAUUAAAUUGCUUAGUCGAAGACUCGAAGUGGUAUUAUUAAAUUUCCUACUCUGUGUUGUGGUCAGUUGUAGUAUUAAAUACAUUUUAGUCUCGAGAGUAAAAUAAAUGUUACACAAUAAGAGAAAAUGACAAGCAGAGCCAGUUUUAAAAAUUCUCGAAUGAAUUUUAAAGUUCAAAAUGAAUAUUCUGAAAGUAAAGGUAGUAAACCAAUAAGGGAAGCGUCGUCAAUUUUAGAAGUGUUGGUGUUAAUGAUUGUGCACAUUUGUAAGAAAUUACUUUUCUUCGAUACUAAUUUAAAAAUAGCUCUCUAUUUAGGAGCUCUCUUUUUGUUAUCUCUUAUAGCCGAUGUUCUUACUUUUCCGAAGACGUAUUUUUCAAGAAGUGACAACAUUUUCAAUCAAUAUUUCGUGAAAAUCGGAUGGUUUUGGACAUUAUUUUUAACAGUACCUUAUGUUUUACUGACGUCUUACACCACAUGUUGUGGUAAGAGAAGACUUAUAAUCACUGCUCACAUGACGAGACUGUUUAUUGCAACCUGCUUUUGGUACACAUGGACGACACUUUUUAAUGUCAUUGAAACAACAUAUGGACGUUGUAAUACAAGACAGUAUACUGACAAGAUUUCUUGUUUAAAAAAUGGAAAUUUUUGGAAUGGAUUUGAUAUUUCAGGGCACUGUUUUAUUCUAAUAUAUUCUAGUCUAGUUAUGAUAGAAGAAGCUAGAGCAAUAAAUGGUUGGGAAAGAAUAAAAGAUUACAUUAGAGAUGAAAAAUACUACCGUAGUGUUGAUGACAAAUCAGUUAGCACAAACCCUUUGAAAAACAUAGAUGCUAAUGAGUUAGACACGUUGAAAGUAUCUUAUGAAAACUUCACACCAUAUGUGAGAGGAUUUCUUAUUGGUAUUGCACUUCUUCAAUUAUUAUGGGAUGUUAUGUUAGUCUCAACAAUACUGUACUAUCAUAUUAUGGUGGAGAAAUUUAUAAGUGGCAUCAUAGCAAUCCUUACUUGGUUUAUUACAUAUAGAGUUUGGUAUACUAUACCAAAUCUUUUGCCAAAUUUACCAGGUGAGGGUGUAUUUAAAUAUAACAAAGAAAAGAAUAAUUCAGUACCACCUUCAUAUAGGAAACGCAUGAGUUCAUCAAAUGGUAAACAUUUUAUGGGCAUGCCUUUAACUAAAGGUCAAGAAGCAGAUGCACCAAAUGAAGAGCUAAGAUAACAGGUCAUCUCAGCACAUAUAUUUUCAUGUGACCUUUGUUGACAUGAAAUGUUAAUAUUACUGUUAUGUUAUGGUUUGUUUUUAUUUAUUUUUUUUUAGAAAUUCUGCCAUCAAUAACUACAUAUUGUUAUUGAAUAAAGGUAUAGAGACUUUAAAUAAAAAGGGUGAUGGAUUUUUGUAGUAAGGCUUAGUCCUAAUAAAUGUACUGUGUACAGUUAAGGUGGUUGGGUACUAAAUAAAAUCAAACAAGAAAUACUAGAUGAUGCUUGAAUUCAAACUUGUAAUUAUUGUUGAUUGUUUUGUAAUUAAAGAUAAUUUGAAGUUUUUAUUAUUAAGUAUGAAUAUGAAAUGUCAGGUAAUUUCCAAUUUUUCCUUAAUGAAUUAUAAUCUACAUAAUCACAAUGUUUCUUGCUAAUAUGCAUUUGUUUUUUAUAAAUUAUUACUAUUUGUUUCUUGCUAAUAUGCAUUUUUUUUUAUAAAUUAUUACGAUUCUAGCGCCAUCUAGUAUUUUGUGUUCAGUUUUGUUCAGUGAUCAACCAUAAUAGUGAUAUAAAAUCAGUUGUUAAUUAAAAACAACAUCGAAGUAAAAUAAAUUAGGUAAUUAUGAUCAAGGUGUGAAAAUUUGUUUUAACGACAAAGAAAAGCUAGAUUAAUACCUAUGUAGUUAUUGUAUCAGAAAAAUAUUUAUACUUACCAAUGGUAAAUUUGUUUUUUUUAUAAUUUAUUACAAAAUUCAGAAACCUGUGAUUGCAUGAUGUAUCUGAUAUAAUCCUUGUUACAUUUGUUUUUUCUAGACAGUAUAUAAAAUAGCAUAGAACAAAUUAUAAUAAUUCAAAAGUACUUGUCAUAUGCAGAAAUAUAGAAAUAAAACACACACACACAAAGUUGUUAAUUUCAUUGAAGUAGCAAGUGCUACAUAGCUAAGCCAUCAAAAAGUUAAAUAAUUCUUAGUAAUUUCUACUUGGAUCAUAUAAAAUUGCAAGUUCCUCUGUGAUGUCAAAUAUAAUAAAUUUUGUCAUGUUUACUUUUAAAUUCAUAUUUAUUAUGCACUCAUAACCACUGUUACCACCACCUAACAUCGGUUUUUGUCUCUUACCAAACUGUUGAGCGUUAGUAACUCUGUAAUCAUAGUUAAAAUGUGCAUCAGCAAUCUCCUCACCCCACAAAGGCGGGAAGACCAUUACUAACAAUAUAUACCCUGUUAACAGUAACCAAGGAGUAAGUCCUAAAUUGGAUGGCUCUUUGAAUUAAACUGGAUAUGAGAAAGAUAGAUUAGAAUUAGUGAUACAUUGUGUGGGGAAGGGUCAACUUUAUUUUUUAAUAAGUUUUAUUUUAUUGUAUUUAAGUUUUAUUUUAUAAGUCCUGCAUUACGAAGCGCUCCCCCUUUCACCACAAGAAAAACGUUUGAGCCAUUUGGCUAACACAAAUAGGGUGUUUUAAAUACCUGUCUAGCAUAUUCACGAUCUUUCUCUAGCUGAGUAUUAACUAUUACUAAAGUUAAAAGUUGGCCUAGGCGGGCUAUAGGUACUUCAGUUAACGUGAGUGGAAUAAAAUUUAUGACAGUUUGGUGAUAUUGGUGCCACUGCUAAAUAAUGCAUAAAAAAUUAUCGUACCUAUUUAGAAAAAUAUUUUUAACAAAAUAAAAAACUCGAAAAACAAAAUCUUUUAAUAUGACUCAUAUUUAUUAAAAAAAAAGUUACUUUUUGUACGACCCAAAUUGUGGAAUAAGUAGUAAAUUGUAGAUUUUUAUAUUUUAUUAUAGGAAAAAAAUAUAUUAUAUAUCAUCGUUUCUCAACCCAGGGGUGGCAAUAUUUUCUAUAUAAAUACUGUACCUAUUUAAUACUUUUAAUCUUUUUAUUGAAAUAUUUUUAAAUCUGUCAGAAAAUUUCUUAUUCUGAGCACAAGAACAAAAUAAAGUAGGUAGGUAUUUAAGGUAACAGAUAAAUGUAAAUACACAAGUAAAUUUUUUUUUUAUUGUAAUAGCCGAUUUUUAUACUUAAAACUUCAAUAAUAAAAAUGUUAGGUCAGAGGACUCACGAUGGUAAUAUUUAGCUACAUAAUUUAUUAAAGAGAUAUUUAGUGGAUACUACUACCCGCAAACCAAAAGGUUGAGAAACAUGAAUAAAGCAAUGAAAUUACUGAUUUCUUCAUGUUGUUCAAACAUUUAGGGCUCAAAAUUGCUUGUUUUGCAUUUAUAUAAGUAAACAAUAGUUUGUUUUUCUCUAAUGUUAAAGAUUUUAUAUAAAAUAUUUAAUCGGCUUUUUGUUAAAUAAAAAAUCAUAUGAUUUUAGUUAUAUAGAUAAUAAGCAACAUAGUGAUAUUACGCAUAUCUAUAUCAUUUACGAAUAUAGUUCCUGGCUCUUCUAAAAUUUAAAUUUGAGACACUAGAACCCUUUAAUAUUUAUUACAAUUAUUAAAUAACGUUUUAUGAAGUGGAUCUGAUGUAAAGUUCAUAUAGUUGAAAUACUCCAUAUAUAUAUAACCAUAAUGUAGUUGGCGUGUUAUUUGAUAAGGAGUUACAUGAAUGAAAUAAUUGCACUACUUAAUUUAUCAUCAAAUGUUUGUAUUUCAUUGUUUUAAAAUAUAUAUUUCUAUGGAA